ACACACACACAAAACAGAUUAGUGAAAGUUCAACCGUUCAUCAAAUCACAAGUACCGACGACGGAUCGGUAGCGGGCGUUUUUUGACUGUCGGGGACGGCCGGGCCGGGGAUCUAGCGCGCAGAGCGGGCGGGGCCAAGCACAAAAUUCGGUCACCAACACGGCAACAAGGAACCAGAACUCAGACAAAAGAUCAAAAGGAUGCCUGAUAUUCCGAUGCCACUGUGAAAAUGGCUGCCAUUUUGAAACAGUGUCGGCUGUUGCACAUUGGUCAGUUUCGCCAAAGCAUACGCCAACUGCACCUCAACUCAAGAAAACUUGUUUGGGCAUCCAACAAGACACUUAGGAACUAUACGCCAUGCUGUACCAGGACAUCACAUCCGUUAAAAGUAGCUGUGACACAGUACCAGCCAGUGAGAACAUUCCUGUCUGCACUGUCAGCCACUGGUUUCAAUGAUUACGAACUUGGUAGGCGUCAGUUUCAGCUGGACGUUCCUGAGCACUUCAACUUUGCCAGUGAUGUUCUGGACGAGUGGGCGCAAAAAGAACAGGCAGGCACAAGGGGCUCCAAGACCCCUGCCCUAUGGUGGAUUGACGACCAUGGAAGUGAGAUCAAGUGGAGUUUUACGGAUCUCCAGGACAAAUCAAAGAAAGUGGCCAACAUACUUACCAACGAUUGUGGCUUAUCGAGGGAUGAGUCUGUGACGGUCAUACUGCACAGAAUUCCCGAAUGGUGGCUUGUCAACAUUGCCUGCUUACGCACAGGUACCAUACUAAUCCCAGGUACUACACAGUUAACAGCACGGGACAUCAGGUACCGUCUACAAAGCUCGGAAACCGCUUGUAUCAUCACAGAUGAGCACACUGCUCCUCUUGUAGAUGAGUACAUAUCUGAGUGCCCCAGUGUGAAAUCUAAACUGCUCAUAAGCAGCAGUGGUGAAUCUAGACCAGGAUGGCUGGAUUAUCACGAACUGUACGAAAAAGCCGACAGUCAACACAAGUGUGUCAAGACUCGAAGUGAUGAGUCAAUGACAAUGUUCUUCACCAGUGGAACUACUGGCAAGGCGAAGCUGGCUGUACACACACAUGCUAGCUAUGGUCUCGGUCACUUCAUCACAGGAAAAUACUGGUUGGAUCUGACUCCAACUGACAUCCAUUGGAAUAUGUCCGACACCGGCUGGGCCAAGUCAGCCUACAGUAACUUCUUUGGUCCGUGGGCCCAGGGGGCGUGUGUCUUCAUAAGCUACACGGCGAGGUUUGAUCCUGUCCACACACUGGAGCUGCUUCAUAAGUACCCAGUCAGCACGCUCUGCGCUCCUCCCACAGCAUACCGCAUGAUGGUGCUUGAAGAUCUGAGCAAGUAUAACCUCAAGUCAAUCCGGCAUACCGUCAGCGCUGGGGAACCCCUGAACCCAGAAGUGAUGGAAUCUUGGAAAGCAGGCACAGGCUCCAUGAUCCAUGAGGGAUAUGGACAGACAGAAACAGUGCUACUGACAGGCAUGUUCAGGUGUCUGGAGCCAAGAUCAGGGUCCAUGGGUAAGGCAGCCCCUGGGUUUGAUAUCAGUAUUGUGGAUGAAGACGGCAACGAACUCCCUCACGGACAGGAGGGGGACAUUGGGGUGAGAGUCAAGCCCCACCGUCCCGUUGGACUCUUCUCUCAUUAUGUGAAUGAUCCAGAGAGGACAGCCAGGGCAUACCGUGGGGAUUUCUACCUCACAGGAGACCGAGCAGUCGCGGACGAUGACGGUUACCUGUGGUUUGUUGGACGCGGUGAUGACAUCAUCAACACAUCAGGGUACCGGAUUGGUCCAUUUGAGGUAGAGAGCGCCCUCAUUGAGCACCCGGCAGUAGCGGAAUCGGCAGUUGUCUCUUCACCGGACCCAAAGAGGGGAGAGGUUGUCAAGGCCUUCAUUGUACUGACUGCAGACUACAAGUCUGAAGACAAAGAGCAGCUGACGCAGGAAAUACAGAACCACGUGAAGAGCAUCACGGCGCCUUAUAAAUACCCUCGCAAGAUUGAAUUCAUGGAGUCUCUUCCCAAGACAGUAAGCGGUAAAAUCCGACGGGUGGAACUCCGGAACCAGGAAUGGAAUCAAAAAGUUGGAUGAAUUGCUGGAUUGCACUGAUUAUUCGCUCUUCACUAAUUGCCUUCCUCAACUGUAUUCAUUUAAAAUAUAUAUAUUUUUAAUUUUCUGACUGGGGAUAGAUAGUGAUAAAGGUUCUAAAUCAAUCAUUUUCCAGCUCUAUGGUAGCUUUUUUUUUUAAUAAAUAAAUUUUUAAUCACAAAUAUAUUCAGCUUUCAAGUGAAUCAUGUAGUUGUAGUAUUAUCGUGAAAUUUGAUUUACACAUGUAUUCUUGCUUACAAAUCAUGUACCAGAAAUUGAAAUUUUUUUUUUAAUCUUCUUUUCUGUACAAAUCUUUCAAUUAAGACCAUAUUAAAAGACACUUAAUUUCCAUAUACCUUUGUAAACACAACUGAAAAAAUAAAGGUUAUAAAAAUGAUAGACACCCAUGGUAAUAGUCAUUUCCUAUCUGUUCAUGCAAUAUACCUUUUUUUCAGUUAAAUAUUUUAGGUGGAGGUAUAUUUAACUACAAUCAGCACUUUUCAGUAUCGGCUUUCCUGGCUAUUUGAAAAGAUUUUUUGUUCAAAUACACCAACUCCAACAUUCAAUUUUGUCCACGAAAAAUUUCACAUUUAGUCAUUAACCAUUAAAUUUUAAAGUUUGAUCAUCCUCUUUAGUCACUGGGUCGAGAAUAUUCGUCAUUACAGAUCAAAUUCCUCUAAGCUGUUGUCAAAUGGCAUCAUUCUGAGAUCGAAUUUAUAAAUCAGUUAGACGAAUUUGAUUUCUGAAUAACAAGGUUUGGCGUACACGAGACGAAAUGGAAUACUCUGGGACAAAAAUGUGUGCCCGUUGUUUCAAUUUGCUUGAAUUGAAUUUGAAAUUGUCCGCCAAAAGAUAAAAUUAAACAUUGGAAGUGCACUAAAUCGAUGUUGCUGGACGAAUUUGAAUAUACAGUGUAGAAACAGUGAAUAUGAAUGAUAAAUGUUUUAAAGUAGCCGGGAAAAUGUAUAUUAACUUUUCAAAUUUCCACAUCAGCACUUUUUUUUUUUAAUACUUUUUUAAAUUGCGUAAUUUCUGUAUUGAUCUGAAGAUUAAACAAUGUUAUUUUUAAUGUACAGUCAAAUUUUGUAACAUGCAAAGAAACCUUGAUUUUUAGUAAAUUUUUACUGAUGCUUUUACAUCAGGAUGAUUCCAGCCUGAAAUGUUCGUAAUGUUUUGAUCAUAAUUUUUUAUACUGCUUAAAUUUAUUCUAAUCAUUUUGGGAUAUUAAAUAAAGAUGCCACAAUAUGCAUCUUAUUUUAAAUAAGAA